AUGUCUAUUCCUACUCUCCAGCCUCUUCCUACAAAAAUUAACAACCAAUCUCCGGAAAAGAAAGAUCUGGCAGACUUGCCUGAAAUUAUUCUGGGUGCUGGAGUGUUCAACUAUCAAUACAAUGACCACCCGGACGAGUUGCCCGCGGAUAAGAUUCUUGCGCGUGCUUUUGACUUGGGAAUUCGUGCAUUGGACUCUUCUGCUUAUUAUGGCCCUUCGGAAAUCAUUGUUGGUUCCGCACUGGACCGCAUCCGUGACAAGUACCCACGCAACUCAUAUGUGAUUUGCACCAAGGCAGGCCGUGUCAAAGAAAACGAGUUUGAUUAUUCUCCUGCUCAUAUCCGUUCCAGUGUUGAACGUAGUUUGGAACGUUUCCACACAGACUACAUUGAUGUGCUUUACCUGCACGACGUUGAGUUUGUGGACGCAGACUUGGCCGUUGGUGCUAUUCGUGAACUCUUUGAACUGAAGAAGGAGGGCCGCAUCCAUCACGUUGGCAUGUCGGGAUACCCACUGGACUACUUACUUAAACUUGCCAUCAAGGUGCGUAAAGAUCUGGGACAGCCAUUGGACUUGUUGUUAAGCUACAGCAACUUUUGUCUUCAAAACACGUUACUUAAAGAGUAUCUUCCUCGAUUAAAGAGCACAGGCUCUGAUGGUGCUGGUAUUCGCCAUAUUUUAUCGGCAUCACCACUUUCAAUGGGUUUGAUUCGUGCACAGCCCGCACCUGGAUUCCACCCGGCAUCUGAUGAGCUCAAGGCUGCCAUUAGCGAGAGCGCAAAGUAUACGGAGUCCGAGGGUGGUGUGGAUUUAGCUGAUUUGGCCGUCCGGUUUGCUUUGCGCAAUUGGGCCAAGGCCAUUGAAGCUGUAGAUGGGCCUGAUGCACGUACCGCGCGUUCUUACGUAUACGGGCUUUCAUCUUUGCAAGAAGUUGAGAAUGCUGUCAAGGACUACUGGCAGGUUAAGAAUGGUUCGGAAACAGAUUUGGACGAAAAGCUGGUGGCUGGUGUGCAGGCCAUUUUGAAGCAGCACGGUCAGCUCAAUGCCACCUGGCCAUCGGGAAUUGAGCAUCCUGAAAUUUAG